AUGGAAAUAUUUGCCCAAGAACUUGAAGACUUAGGUCAAACCAAUGCUAUUACUCAUAGCAUUAAUACCGGAGGUGCUCUGCCUGUAAGAUGCUCAAUAAGCCUGGUACUGGCUGGGUUUGCUACCAGAAUAAGUACUGCGCAAAAAUUAGGAGUUGAAAUACUAUCUAAAGUAAGAAAUGAUACUAUUAGAAGAGUCAAAAAAGCACAAGAAAGUGCUAAAAGAAGACAUGAUCAAGACUUACAACAUAUAGAAGAAUUUAAAAAGAGUAUUGGAGAAAGGAGUAUACAAAUUACGAUCCGUCGAUGGAAAA